AUGGACCCCCUAAGCUUGGCAGCUAGCAUCAUUGCUGUAGUGCAGGUUUCGCAGUCGAUCGUGCUCGCCUGCUAUCGCAUCCGCCACGCCAUCAAAGACGCCGACGACGACAUCGCCCGCCUCAUCGCCGACGUUGAGAGUCUCGAAGCAACCCUCGAAGAGCUCCGCGACAUCGUCCCGUCGUCCAACAACGACCCGUCCGCACUCGACAGCCUGUCGAUUGAGGAUGGGGGAAACAACCAGAAACGCCCAGCUUCGGCAGCAUGCCUGGCUGCGCUACGAUCGUGCGAAACCACACUCAAAGAGCUGGACCAGAAGCUCCAACCUCUCGCCAAACCAGGCCUCAAGACAAAGCUCCGGUGGCCCUUCGAAUCCAGCCUCAUCGAGCGGAAACUCACCGAGAUCGGAAAGCUCAAGGCAACGCUGCAGCUAGCUUUGGCUGCCUACCAUGCCCGCGUUCUCGGGCAGCAGUCUCAGAAACUCGACGACCUGACGACCCAUACCAAACGGGCAGCCAUCCUCUCGUGGUUCAAGACCAGCGACCCCGAACAAAACCACAAGCUGUCGCGGAGCCGUCAUGAACAAAAUACGUCUCAGUGGAUCUUUGAUGUCAAAGAGUUUGCCGACUGGAAGCAGAAUCCGGGGAAGUCGCUUUGGCUCCAUGGUAUUCCUGGCGCCGGCAAAACCAUCCUGUGCUCUACUGUCGUUGACAACAUCAUCCAAGAAGUCGCCUCUCAAAAGUCCAAUAGCCGCGUUGUUUACUUCUACUUUGACUUCUCAGACGCCAAGAAGCAAAGCGUCGCAGACUUGACGAAGUCGCUCAUCUACCAGCUCAUCUCGGCUCACAGCGACAUUCCGGAAGCGGCCGAGGCACUCUUUGCGAAGUGCAACGGUCUCACAGAGCCGGGCUUGGAUGAGCUUUUCGGUCUCAUGACUGAAAUCUCGCGGACCAAGCGAACUUUCGUCUUUGUUGACGCCUUGGAUGAAUGCCCCAAGGAAGAACGGCCAGCUUUUCUUGAGACGUUCUUCCAGGAUUCGCUUCCCGAUAACCUAAGUCUGUGGAUCACUAGUAGAAGGGAGCCUGAUAUUGAAGCUGUUCUCAAGCCGUCGGCCACGCACACAGUUUGUAUCCAAAACUCCUCCAUAGACGCUGAUGUCAGGAUUCACGUUAAUAACUCCAUCGCUCGGGACCCCCGACUGUCCAAGUGGAAACCAGCGGUGCAGAACGACAUUUCGAACGCCAUCGUUGGCGGUUCUCACGGAAUGUUUCGUUGGGCAGUGUGCCAGCUGGACACGAUGAAGAAGUGCCUGACUCCCGCCAUGGUACACGCCGAGUUGAAGCGAAUGCCCGAGACGUUAGACCAAACCUACGAUAGAAUCCUACAAACCGUGCCCAGCCUCCACCACCCUUUUGUGCAGUCAGCCCUGCACUGGCUAGCUUUCUCGACAAGACCUCUGCAACUACGCGAGCUGGCCGAAGCAGCCGUUGUGAGUCCGGAAGAAGAAGUUUUCGACCCAGAUCUCUCACGACUCUUUGACGAAAACAUGAUCCUCGAGUUAUGUGGCUCUUUACUCGGACAUCGGGCAGUCUCUCUGCCGACAUAUGUCGAUAAGAAUUUUGUUGUGGUUUCCCUGGCCCAUUUCUCUGUUAAAGAGUACAUACUCUCACCGAGGCUAGGAAGAGGGGCUCUUGCCGCAUACCACACCUCGGAGCGACUAGCAAGUUUGUUCAUUGCAAGAUCAUGCCUCUUGUACCUCCUGAGCUACAAUUCGGGAGAGGUGGCGACGAAGCUGGAAUUCGACUCGUGGCCCCUUCUGGAGUACGCAGCACGGCAGUGGAUUCCUCAUUGGCGAAAUGCGGUCGCUGGUGCCAAAAAGAUGGAGUUAUCGGAUCUACGCGGGUUGGCCGAAAAGCUACUGGACCCAACCAGCGGCGAAGCCUACGUGAAUUGGCUCAAUGUCUCCAUUCCGGACACCGGCGUUGAGAAGAAUUUAUAUGGGAGCGCAUUCCAUCGGGAGAUGCGCCGCAGUGCCCACAACCUUCCCCAACCAUUAUACUGGGCGGCGUAUCUCGGCGAUGUUGAACUGGUUGAGUGGCUCAUUGAGCAAGGUGCAGAUGUAUGCACUGUUGAAGGAAACCUAGGGUCUGCACUGGGUGCCGCAGCCUAUCAAGGAUACUCAGACGUUGUCGAAUGUCUACUUUUGCACGGAGCAGACCCGAACUUGGCAAACACGGAGUUUGGAAACGUGCUACAAGUAGCGGCGCUUGGAGGCUCCGUCAAGGUUGUCAAGCAGUUGCUUGACGCGGGGGCCCAAUUGAACGCCCAGGGUGGAACAUACAACACGGCUCUCAUCGCAGCAGCAUCUAAGGAAAACUACGAUAUGGUUGCGCUUUUGAUCAAGCGCGGUGCCGACCUCAACCUCGGCUCUAGGCAACACGGCUCAUCGCUUUAUCAAGCUGCACUUGCUGGAGACACGAAAAUGGCCGUUACUCUCCUAGCAGCUGGAGCUGAUAUCAACGCUCUUGGGACGUCGGAAGGAACAGCACUAUACGCAGCCGCCACCAGCGGCUCGGUACCGCUGGUCCAGUUGCUGCUGCGUAAGGGAGCCGAAGUGAACAAAUUUGGACCGUUGGGCGAAUUUGGGUACCCAAUCAGCGCUGCUGCCAACAAGGGACACAGCCAGAUCGCAAGAAUACUGAUCCGAGCGGGCGCUAAUGUCAAUGUUUGGGGUGGCCACCGCGGAGUGACCUGUCUUGAGGCGGCAGUUGAAAGCAGGGACAUGGCGAUCUUUCGCGUCGUUCUCGACGCUGGGGCAGAUCCGAGUAUUCGAGGGGACUUGUACGAGAACUGUUUUCACGCAGCAAUUUGGACGGGCGAGCAUGAUAUGGCCAAGGUCCUGCUUGACCGCAACGCAGACUUCGGCGAUGAGGCGUUUCUAACUGCCAUUGAGCUUCAUGAUGACAAGCCCUUUUUCCUUGAGCGACUCCUGGAGCGAAAUCCAAAUCUCAAUGCCUGGGAUAAAAACAUUGGUUCUGCACUCCAUGUUGCCGUACGCAAACGGUGCGAGAAGGCAGCAUUGUUGCUUCUUCAAAGGGGCACCUAUAUCGAUACAGUCAACGAGGAUGGUUCAGUACUCUUCGAGGCAGUCGAGCAACGGAUGACGCAAGUUGCCAAAGAGCUCCUGCUGAGAGGCGCCGACCCCAACCGCAAAACAAAGCACGAAACGCCUUUCACGGCGAGUAUCUAUCGGGCUCUGAGGGGAGGCGAGGGCAACUUGGAGUUGGCUGAGCUCCUCCUUCAAAAAGGGGCCGACGUUGACGGCGGCAACGGGUUAGCUGUGUACUGGGCAGCGACAUCUGAAGGGGACAAGAAUGAGAGCGUUCUUCGGUUCUUGGUCAAGCACGGCGCAAAUCUCAACCUGGUGGCCGCGCGGGAGGGAUGCACGGCUCUCCAGGGCGCCGCUAAAGAGGGCAGGAAAGACAUGGUCGAUUUGCUUAUCGAACUCGGCGCCGAAAUAAACGGUCCAGCUGGCGAUGACGGUUUCGUGAUACAUUAUGCCGUCCAGUCAGCAGACAAGUCUAUGGUUCGCCAUGUGCUCCAGAAAGGAGCGCUUAUUGACGACUCGCGGCCAUAUUGCAGCAGCCUCCAACGAGCGGUUUCAGGGCACAAAAACGAUCUAAUUCCACUUCUGCUGGAUAGCGGAGCUGAUAUUAGGGCAGUAUCUCCGGCCCGGGCCAUGAACCGCUGGGGAAAGAACAGGGAAGCGUACGCCAUUCUCAUCGAACAGGGUGCCGUGUUCGACAACAACCGCGAUGCGACAUCUCUCCAAGGCCUGAAAGACACCAUAAAAUUCCUCCUCGACGUAGGCGCACACAUCAACUACGCUCCCAACAGUGUAGCAAGCGCGCUAGUGGGAGCCUGCAGAAAGAGCGACAUCCGCACAGCCGAGUUUCUCCUCGAGCACGGCGCCGAUCCAAAUUUAGUGGUGCAGAAACAUGUGACGGCUCUCAGCGCUGCGGUUAGAACGACUGGGAACUUGCAACUCGUUGAACUACUUCUCAGUUACGGUGCUGAAAUCGGGCUUGGUGAAGGCUAUGUCUUCCAGCAAGCAGUCUGGGGCGGCGAAAAGAUUCUUGCUCGGCUCUUGGAGGAGCCCAUGACUAACUCGCAACGGGAGCGGUUUUUAGAUGCGGCUCUUCAAUCUGCGGCUCACUGGGCUGUCCGUGAUAUUGUCGGCUGGCUCGUCGACCAGGGCGCCAACCCAGCCUACAGUGGUGGUUGCCACGGCUGUCCACUCACAGCCGCUCUCUGCAGCUCGCAUAUUUACGAUGCUGCUGCCACCUUCCUCCUCAAGGCAGGCGCAAAUCCUAACCUCCAAGGCGGAGAGCUUUAUACCGCCCUGCAAGCUGCUGCGCGAUACUGCCCGGACAUGGUAGCCCCUUUGCUCUCUGCGGGUGCAGAUCCGCUCGCUGUCACGGAUGGGCCAUACGGCACAGCCCUGCACGCCGCAGCCUAUGCGCACAAUGUGCCUGCCAUCGAGGCUCUGCUAGCUGCUGGAGCGGACCCCAACGUCGUAGCGGGCAAGUACGGAACACCGCUCCAGGCCGCUGCAAAGCUAGAGACGGUGCGCAGCGGGUGGUCGGCCGGCGCAGGCAGCCUGAGUGCCCUGAAGGCGCUUGCGGCCGCAGGGGCCGACGUGCACGCGCUUGGGGGGAAGUACGGCAGCGCCCUGCAGAUGGCGGCCAAGAGCGGGAACCUCGGUGCCUUGCGUUGGCUCGUCGAGGACAUGAGAGUUGAUCUGAAUGUCUUGGGAGGCAGGUUUGGCAGCGUGCGCGAGGCAGCCGUGCGGAAGGGCCGCUGGGGUGUCGUUGUCUAUCUGGAGCGCGUGGGUGGGAAGAUUAACUGGGAGGGCACAUUCAACCAGGACGGCAAGCAGUGGAAGGACUUCAAGGUCACCUGGAGGCAGUGA